CCGCUGACCUGCCGCUUCGCCACGGUGCGGCCUUGCCAUGACGCUCCGGCUGCUGGUGCUGACCAUGUUGCUGGAGGCGGCCGCCCCGGCCAUCCCCAACGUGGUCAUCCUCCUGGCCAACAACGUCAGGACGGACGACCUGAGUUGUUACAAUCCCGACACGCCGGCGCCCACCCCCAACAUUGACAGACUGGCGGCCGGGGGCGUGCUGCUGCGACACCACACGGUCCCGGCGCUCACACCGACGGCCAACCGGGCGGCCCAUCUGACCGGACAGAUGCCCACGCGCUACGGUCUUCAGGAGAGCGAACAGGGGGUCCGCCAGAUCCUGCACACUCUCAGCCGGGCAGGGCUGCCCAACUCGACACUGACCUAUGCUGACCUCCUGAAGAAGUCCGGUUAUCGAACAAAGGCCGCGGGCGGCUGGGAGCUGGGCUGGGCGUGCGAGUCGUGGGCGGAUGCCUGCCACUCGCCGCUGAAGCACGGCUUCGACUCGUUCCACGGCGUGCCGCUGAGCGUGUCCAUCAGCGAGCCGGAGCAGCUGGAGGAGAGCCUGUUGCCAACGAUGCAGGAGCUCAACGCCUACCUGGAGGUGAUGGCCAACCAGUCGGCGGUCAGAUCCAUCUACCGGCCGAUUGCCGAGGCGGCCUGGUACCAGUGGCUGGCGCAAGUGGUCACCUCCGGCGGAAGCCUCCGCGAGCAGGCGCGGCUCACGGCGGAGCUGCAGCAGAAGCUGGACCUCCUGCUGGUCCGUGAUGACGCCGUCGCUCGAUGGCCGUACUCGCUGCAGGGCAUGACGCUGCCUAUUCUGUUUGAGUCGCUCGAGUUCAUCAAAUCCAGCAAGCGCGCCGGCAAACCGUUCCUGCUGCAGCACAGCUUCCUGCACGUGCAUGAUCCACCGGUCACGGCGCCACACCGGGUCGGCAACAGCGGCGUCAACGCCUACUACGACAGCGUGCUGGAGCUGGACUGGGCCGUCGGUCGCGUCCUCGAUCACCUGGAGGAGCUGGAGCUGCUGGACGACACGAUUGUCUACUUCGCCUCCGACUUCAACGACCUUAUGUCCUACCCGCCGAAAACGUCCAACAUCACUGACGCCCGCGUGCCGGGCAUGUUCAUGUACCGGGGCCUGAUGAAGCCGCACGUGCUGCACCGGCCGACCUCCGUGCUGGACCUGCUGCCUACGGUGGUGGAUGUCAUCGGCAAAGGCGCUGAGCUGCUAAGCAUGGAACUGGACGGCAGAAGCCUGUUUUUUCCCUAUGCUGACGCAGGGGGAGAACAGCCAACGUUACCAUUACAGCUACAGAGGAGACGACCUGGAUAGCGUAACCAUUGUUUCUGAGGACGAGACGGACCCAACUAUCUUCAAGCUCUACAUCACCAAGGGAUGCCAGCUGUGCAAGGAGACCACUUUGCUGUACAACCUAACGGCAGACCCGUACCAAACGGAGGCCAUCGGGCCAGAGACACCAACCUUCAACCAGGUGGUGGAGGACAUGCGGG